GGCAAAUAAAUGUCGCCAAAAUGCCGGUGGGCGAAAUUUGUAGAACAUGCGCGAGACAGACUUUCCAUUUCGUUGAACUCUCAACUCAUUCCGAGAAAUGUGCAAAUAAGAGUUUGUUGGAGGUGUUGCGAGAGUUGACAAAACUAGACCUAUGUUUUGAACACGCGGAAGAUAUGCCACAAUCUAUUUGUAGCGAGUGCCACCAACGCUUGAUAAGUGCCUAUGUAUUUGUAUUGGAUGCGCAACAGGCGCACGAACAGCUGCUGUCAAAACUGCGCGCAAGCUCACUGGACGAGACGCCCAUAGACAUACCAAUUCAGGUGAACAUAAAAACUGAAAUUGACAUUGGUGAGGAGCGCUAUCUGCCUGAAAACGGUAGCAGCAGCACGGAUAUAAACGUGACCAGCUCUGAGAAAAAACCGGAGAAGGAAGACAACAAUAUGGAAGAUGCAGUACACGAAGACGAUUAUGACGACCACAAGCCCUUGGGCACUCGGCGUAGCUUGCGUAAAAACAGAAAUAGAGAAGGAAUAAAAGAGCAGAACGAAGCUAAAACGCAAAUAAAUGAGGAGGAGUCGCCCAUUAAACGUCGACGUGGGCGUCCAGCACUCUAUGAUAGAACAGAAUCCCUAAACGAGAGUGGCAGACAUGCUUGUGAUGUGUGUGGCAAGACAUUUUCCUGGUUCCGCGAUAUGCAGCGUCAUGCGCGUGUUCACUUUGAGCAAGCCUCAUACGUGUGUGAGAUGUGUGGCAAAGGUUUUCUGCGCAAGGACAAGUACACAUUUCAUUUGCGCUCUCAUAAAAAAAGGGAUGCCAAAAGCCAGGCUGUAACGCUUAACAAUGAAUGGCGGUUUGCGGAGCGACUCUACAGUUCGGGCAGACUAAAACUUGUGGAAUGUAAGCUCUGUGGCUUAAAGUGCCAGCGAGUGCUUGAACUGCGACAGCAUUUGUCCCUGCAUGCCAACAUCGAAACGCUAGAUAACCUAACAAUGAACAGCGAUAUAGUCCAGGUGCAUUACAAUCAGAUGGAGAUGCAUGAGAUCAAACAUCAGAUAUGCUCAGACAUUGCAUCACAGAAUAUGGAAAAAUACUAUGCAGUGGUAAACGCACAUGGGUACGAGCUGUGCCUUAGCGACUCGGAUGAAGAGCCUUCUGUUGAUGAUGAUAACAGCAAAUACUAUUGUGAGCCAUGCAAUUUGCCGUAUACACGAAAACAUCGUCUUAUACGUCACACUUUGGAGGAACACAGCCAGGAGAGAUCGGCGCCACCGCAAAGUUGUAGUGUCUGUCACAUUGGCUUUGUCUGCAGCAAACUUUUAAAGCAGCACAUGAAGAGCCAGUGCAACAAUGCGUUAAAACGUUUGGUCUGUUCCCAUUGCCCGGGAAAGUUUAUGUGGCAACAGAAUCUCGUUAGACAUGCUUGCACCCAUCAUAAAUCUGCUGAUCAUGAUGAGUUGGGGCAUUUCAAAAGAGAAACAGCGGGAUCUCCGACAGAUUCGGAGCCAAUAGCCUCGGAACCUGUUGCCACUCGCAGAGGUAGAGGUAGACCUAAAUCUUCUGGCUCCGUAAAGCUACAGUGCUCCGAUUGUGAAAAGGUGUUUAUGUGGCGCAAGGAUCUGAAUCGUCACAUGCGCAUGCAUCAGCCAAACAGAGAUCAGUUUGAAUGUGCAUACUGCGAUCGAAAAUUUCAUCGCAAGGAUGGAUUGAAAUCACAUAUGCGUGUACACAACGAGGAACUGGCAGCCACAACAGAUACAAAUUCUGCAGCCUUGGUGAAGCGUGAGGCUGUUGAUCGAAUGCCAGUGGUGCUAACACAACUAGCAUAUCCCAAUGGUUGCAAGCAAAUUCAGUGCAUGAUUUGUCUAACAAAACACACAAAAAUUUCUGAUUUACGCACACAUUUGCGGACCCAUCAAUAUGUCGUCAACCUUCAAGAUGAGCGUAGCACACCAGCAGCGAUUGCCAGUAUUUCAUGUCAACUUUAUCCAGAGCUUGCGCUUCCAUUGUUAAAACAGGAAUUGGUCGAGCGCAUUAUGAAAGAUGUAGCCCAAAGCGUGGAGCUGGAACGCUUCUAUUCGAUCACCAAUGAAGCUGGUAACGAGCUCAGCUUGGACAGCAGCGAAACAGACAGUGACUCGGAGGGAGAACUAGUUGUCGGUGAUUCAUUCAAGCAGGCUCGUUAUGUAUGUGAACUUUGCCGAGCGGCCCUGCCACGAAAGCACGAAAUUUAUGCCCAUCAGCUGGAAUUCCACGAAUGGCAGGAAGCGAGUAAUGUCUGCCCACACUGCAAUGCUAGGUUUGUGGAUGCGAAGCUGUUGGAGCAUCAUUAUCGUACGCUAUGUCGCAAUACACAAAAGCGUUUUUUAUGCAAGAAAUGCCCGCUUCGCUUUCGGUGGAAGGGAAACCUCAGGUUGCACACGAAUGUGGCCCAUCAAGAGGUGCACGUUAAAGAGGAUGCAGUGGCGCCAAAGCAGGCAGAAAACACUGAAAACACCACCAGCAAGGUCGCUGCCUCGAACUACAAUUGUGCAGAUUGCAAGCGCAGCUUUAGCAUGCAAAAAGAUCUCACCAGGCACGUUCUUAUGCAUGGGAAGGAUGCGAACAUUUAUCGUUGUCGUUGGUGUGCCCGUCGCUUCUAUCGGCUUGCAAACUUACUUCAGCACAUCGAGCGGCAUGGCAUCAAUGCGGCCCAACUUCCAUAUGCCGAAGCUCUAGUCAAUGUCAAUCGCCAUGCUAAUGGCCAAAAGUGUAUUCUCUGCAAGGUGUGCGAUUGUAGUUUCAGCAGCAUUGCUGAACUGCGGGCCCAUCUUCAAAACACACCAGCGGGCACGCAUUUUGAUUAUGGAUCGCUGCAGAACUAUUCCAUUACCAAUGAACUUGGCUACGAGCUGCAUUUGGAUGAUUCUGAAACGGAUGAGGAUAGCAAGGCGCCGAAUGCUCCACCACAUUAUACCUGCUCCAUCUGUAAGCUCCGUGUCCGACGCAAGUAUGAGCUCUAUCAGCAUCAACAAGCUAUGCAUCCCCUGGAGCGUAUUACCGACGGCUGCCCGCACUGCAUCUUCAAGAGCGUUUCACCCGCGCUUCUCGAGCAUCACAAACGUGUACAGUGUGAGAAUACAGAGAAACAGCUGAAGUGCAGCAAAUGCGACUACAAAUUUAUGUGGGAGACGAACUUGUUGUUGCACAUGCAACUGCAGCACAGCGGGGAAACAGAGUCGUCCACUAUGCCAUUGGAACAGAAAACGAUAGCCAGAGAAGUCAUCGAUCAGGGUAGAAUCUUCCAGUGCAGUAACUGCCCAUGCAAAUACAAUCGCAAGGAUCGACUGACAGCACACAUUAAAAAGAUGCACACGCAGAGCUUACCAUCAACAUCGAAGGCCGCUCUGCUGGUAGACAAACAUCAAAACCAGCCCAAACGUUUCCUCUGUGCUUUCUGCGGCAAAGCUGUUAGUUCGUCAUCGAAUCUUAUCAUACACAUGCGUCGCCACACAGGCGAAAAGCCAUUCAAAUGCGAAUACUGUGAAAUGGCUUUUCCGCGCUCUUCCGACUUGCAGUGCCAUCGGCGAAAGCAUACGGGCGAACGUCCGCAUGUCUGCACGGUGUGUCAAAAAGGCUUUUCACGCUCCUAUAAACUUCGCCAACACAUGCGAAUACAUAACGGCGAACGUCCAUACAAAUGCAGCUAUUGCGAGAAGAGCUUUACGCAGUCAAACGACCUCACACUCCACAUAAGACGGCACACCGGGGAGCGUCCCUAUCCUUGCGGCAUCUGCGGUGAACGUUUCAUACAGGGCACGGCGCUGAAGAACCAUCGGAUGCAGCAAGGCCACUACGAAGCUGCUGAAGAAGACACUGCAGAGGAGCCAAAGGGCGGCCACGCGAUGUUAGCGGAAUAUGUAGCCGAGUGAAAUAGAAUAGACCAAUUGGGUCUAUCGAGCUGAGCACCCAAGAAUUGCUCCACACUUAUUAUUAUUAAUCGAAUAUCCUAAUUAUGUUCUAAGAAUAUAAUGUUGAUUGAUUGGAAACGACGAA